AAACUUUAAUGGCCGCCAUUAGAAGGAGAGAGAGACUUCACAGUAGUUAGCUUAUAAUUUAUUUUCUUUCUUUUUUAUUAUAAACUUAAAAUAAAAGAAUGGAAAACGAAUGCGGAUAUUCUAAUCUUCCUCGUAUAAAAACCGAAUAUAUGAAUAAGGAUGAGAGUCAAGAAGGCGUCGAAGAUAAGAACUUCGUCUCGUCCGCUCCCAAGUAUCUUUUCGGUAAAUUUGAGCAAAAUGCGGAUGCGGAUAAGAAAGAAGCCAGCAAAGAAUGUCAAGCAAUUAGCGGAAGCGCCUCUAACGGAUACGAAAUGCCACCCGCUAAUCACUACCUGAGGAAUGCCAUCUUGGAUGAAGUCUUGAGCGAGAAGAAAAUGGCUCUGUUAUGGUCGCCACAGGUGAUAAAAUUUCUGCAAGAACAGCAAAUAGCAAAGAGAACUAAUUUUUAAAUACGCGACGACUUGUAUGUACACCGUUGCCUGGCCUCGCGCGAUACGUGCGUCCUCGUUGCUCGC